ACACCUCUAUGGUCUAUCCAAUCCUUCCAGUAUAAAAGAGGUAACGCAACCAACAACAGCAUUCAGUAGCUAUCGAGCAGUCAAACGAAGUGCACGAUGAGAUUUCUGAUCGCUUUCGCCGCCAUCCUCGGCUACGCCUCCGCGAGCGUCAUCGCGCCCUUGGUCUACGGCAUCAACCACGGAGAUGCGCAGGCCGCGGCCAUCGACGCGAGCGUCGCCGCGCAAGACCACGCGCGCGCCGCUGUGGAAGGACAAGCGCGCGCCGCCGAGGCUGCCGUGCAGUUCAACACUGAGGCAGUGAGACAGGUUGCCGAGGCCAGCCGUGACAUCAACGAGAACGCUUACUGGAACGGAGUGGCUCACUCCCAGAACGUCGUCGCCGCCGCCCAAUCCCAAGCCGCCGCCAUUGACGGCGCCGCCCAUGCUGCCCGUGCUGCCCACCUCGGAGUCGCUGGUAUCGCCCCCUACGCCGCCGCCCCCUACGUCGCCGCCGCUCCCUACGUCGCCGCCGCCCCCUACGGUCUUGGUCUCGGCGUCCACGGCCUUGGCUACCGCGCUUGGUAAACGGACAACGACCGCCGUUAUUAAUAACUGUUAAUUAACAUACCGUUAAUACCGGUAUUUUGAAAAUAACGUUACGUUAUUUUGAAAUACCGAUAUUUUUAACGAGUUAUUAAUAAUGGCAAUACCUUGUUGGUUAGUGGCGUACUAACUGGCGAUGUGAAGAGUGCGAGUGUUGGCAACACUGGGAAUUUUACAAUGAGCAGUGUUGCCAACAUAACGCGUAGUAUUACCAACCUCAACGUCAAACGGAAGGAAGCUUGCUCAAUAAAAAUAAACACAAAGGUCUCAAUAUGUAACUCUCUUUGUAAAUAUCUACAAAUGUCAUGCCAUCAC